AUGGCGGAGCGGUGUGUGCCGGUGUCUCACCCGGUGCUUGUCCCGGGGGUCUGGCCAUGGCCCUGUAACAGUGAACAGGCUGUCGCCAUCCCCCUUAAUGGCAGCAUUAGGGGCGCUCACCCAAUCGGAGGUCAGGGCACGCACAGUCCCACCACUGACCCACUCACCCAAGAGAAACCUCCGGUGUGGACUUACUCCAAUCAUCCUAUUGGAGAUGGCAUCACUGCAGCCACAUGCCGGAGCAGCAGCCUUUUAGCAUCAGAAAACUGGGAGGAUGAACAUAAGCGCAAGAAGCAGGGAUGUGCUUCAGCAGCCACCGUCCCCGAAGGGCUCCUAAAAGCGGUUCGGUCAGUGCUGAGAACAGGCCUGAGACGGUUCCAGCGCUUCCCCGGGGAACGGGGCGGGCUGCGCGGGGCCGGGGGCGCUGUGCGGGGCCGGCGCUCAGAGCCCGGCAUCGGCCUGGAGGAGCCGGGCGCGGCCCGCCCCUUCCUCUGCGCAGCGCCCGCCGGGAGCCGGGAGAGGGGAGCCGGGAGCCGCCGCUCCGCUCCGCUCUGCUCCGCCAUGCCGAAACACGAGUUCUUUGUGGACAUGACCUGUGAAGGCUGCUCCAAUGCAGUCACCCGUGUCCUGCAGAAGCUGGGAGGUGUCCAGUUUGAUAUUGACCUGCCCAACAAGAAGGUGUGCAUCGACUCAGAGCAUAACGUUGACACCCUACUGGAAACCCUAAAGAAGACUGGAAAGAACACUUCCUACAUUGGGGAGAAGUCCGCGUAGUAGCCUUGCCUGGUGUGAGGAGGCUAGGAACUCAAACAUGACUUCAGCAAAAAGAUGGCUUAACUGUUUGCAUAUCUCCCAACUUGCUCUGGUGUUUGACCUUUACUACCCUGCCAGAUGUUGGAAAGCAGAGGGCUGGCAGGAGAAGACAGCUGCAUCGUGGACUUUAUACCUGGAGAAUUCCAGGGGAGGUUAUAUGCUGUUUCUAGUCCCACAGUAAAUUGAGGUGCUUCUUCUGUUUUUUCAGUGCA